AUGUGCAGCCCGGGCAGCGAGCGGCCUGGCCGGGAGGGCGUGUCCCAGCUCCACGCGUUCUGGUUGCAGCAGCUCCAGCAGAGGGACCAGCUGAGGCUCUGCUUCCCCUGCUUCAGGCUCCUCUUCCGGAGCUUUAAGGGGUCCUUGGAGGCGGGAGCCUGGGGGAGGAGAACUGGGACCCCCGAGCCGGCGCAGCACCCCGUGGCGGGGCCAGGGGAGGGGCCGUCCCAGGGGAUGGGGCCCAGCGGGUGGCAGGGCCUGGAUCAGCCCGAACAGGGUGGGCUUGGGGACUGGGGCUCGGACACCCUGGCGUCAGACCCCGAUGAGUCCGGAGAGCUGGGCCUGAUGCCCACCGAGCUGACCCCUCAAAACGCGGUACCGCCAGGCCUGGGCCCCGAGCACGCUGACUGGACCCACGGCCGCCGCUGGAGGUUUGGGGGGGUUCCUACCUGCUCCCACCGGCCGAGCCCCUAUGUCUUACCGCAGAGUUUCCCCCACGAGAUCCUGCCCCCAGGGGAGCCCAGGCUGCUGGAGCUGGUCGCCACCAGGAGGUGGACCUUGCACUGGCCGACACCUGGCUGCUGCGCCUGCCGGCCGUGGCCAUGGUGGGCGGCCCCCCGCCCUCCCUGCACCUGCCUGCGGCACAUGGCGCCGCGGUGGGUCCGGAGGACGCCGGGGCCGCGCUGGGGCCCAACGGCCGGUGUGAGCUGCAGCUCCAGAGCCAGGCCCGGCCAGCACCUGAGCCCGUGGCGGCCGAGCGUCCUGGAGAGCUGCCCACCAGGCCACGGUGCCCAGCUGGUCCCUGCGGGCACCGCCCUGCUGAUGAGGGGGUUCCGGUCCUCUCUUACUCUCCCUGGAACAAAACAGGCAGAGGACGACGACCCGGGAUCUGGGCCAGAGGCCUCCCCCAAGGGCAGGGUCCUGGCUUCACUGGGACAGACAGCUGGGGGGCCCGGGAGAGCCUGGGCCCUGAGGGAGCUUCCCUAUUUCCAGCCCCUCAGCCUGAGGCCCAAGUGA